AUGUCACAAAAAGAAACUGAAUUGAUAAAUAAAGCGGUGGAAGUCGGCAAUGAAGGGGUAAAAUUAAAACGAGAACUAGGUCUAUUCUCAGCUAUAAACUUGAUACUUGGUGUCAUGAUCGGAUCUGGCAUUUUCAUCUCACCCUCUUCAGCGUUGGCACACUCAGGCUCCGUCGCCUUAUGUCUAGUCAUAUGGAUAGUAUCUGGAGUAAUAUCCUUAUUAGGAGCUCUAUCGUUUGCUGAAUUGGGAACAGUUGUUGGUAAAUCUGGUGCAGAAUAUGCUUACUUUCAAGAAUCUUUUAGCAAAACACACAAAUUUUGGGGGCCGUUACCUGCUUUCAUAUGUGCAUUCAUAUAUGUAUUAAUUUUAAGACCAGCCGAAGUGGCUAUUAUAGUGAUGACAUUUGCCGAAUAUUCAAUGCAACCUUUUAUGGAAAAUUUAGAUCCAGAUUAUAGAGAUAUUGCUAUCACAUUGGGAUCUAUAUCUGCAUUAUAUUUACGCUACACAAAUGGUAAUUAUGUUUUUAGAGAAUGUACUCAUAUUAUAAACAAAAUGCUAACAAAUAGUAAUACUGAAACUCAAGAUGCAGUAAAACGCGAAAUAAAAGAAAUACAAGGACGUUGUAUGCAUGCGUGGAAUGUUAUUGACAAUUCGCCUCUGGACGCCCCGAACGUAAGCUUGGACCAAAUAAACGAAAAAAGUCUGCGUUACAUUGAGGGACUGCGCACAGAGAUUCAAAAUACAGAUACACCUAUCCCAGCGGAUGCUAACCUCCUCACGAGUCAAUUUUUAAAGGAACUACAUGACAAGACUGUGCAGGUAGAAGAACUGACGGCAUUUACAAGAGGUUCCAUUCACGAUCUUGAUACUGAGAUAAACAGAUUGAAAACUCUUAUAAAGAUAUCACAAGAGGCCAGGUCUCGUCCAAAGACACACAAAAGGGAGGUCAAGCCGCAACACAUCCAAAAAGCUAAAGAGAGAUUCCUAUUGAUGAAAGAUGAGUUACACGGAUUGAUACACUCUCUGUUCCCACACGCUGAUAAUAUGAUUAUUGAUUUAAUGGGAAAAUUAAUGGCAGAACAAAUGAAUGAAGUUUCCGAUGGAUAUAUACCCAUCACAUCGGAGACUUACCAAAUAAUAGAACUGCUCAAAGACAUGAAGAUUGUCACCACCAAUCCUUAUAAUAAUAUGGAAGUUAAAUUGGCAUACUGA